AUGCCUACCAAGGUCGGAAUCAACGGCUUCGGUCGUAUUGGACGUAUUGUCUUCCGAAAUGCUGUUGAGCACGACGACGUUGAGGUUGUCGCUGUCAACGAUCCCUUCAUUGAGCCCCAUUAUGCUGCAUAUAUGCUCAAGUAUGACAGCCAACACGGCCAGUUCAAGGGCACAAUUGAAAUCAGUGGCAAUGAUCUGAUUGUCAACGGCAAGACUGUCAAGUUCUACACCAAGAGAGAUCCUGCAGAGAUUCCAUGGUCUGAGACUGGUGCUUACUACGUCGUUGAAUCGACUGGUGUCUUCACAACCACAGACAAGGCCUCCGCUCACUUGAAGGGUGGUGCCAAGAAGGUUGUCAUCUCCGCACCAUCUGCUGAUGCUCCUAUGUUCGUCAUGGGCGUCAACGAAGAGACCUACAAAUCCGACAUCCCAGUCAUCUCCAAUGCCUCUUGCACAACUAACUGCCUGGCACCUCUUGCCAAGGUUAUUCACGACAACUUCGGGAUCAAGGAAGGCUUGAUGACUACCGUCCACUCCUACACUGCAACCCAGAAAGUUGUUGAUGGACCCUCAGCCAAGGAUUGGCGAGGUGGCCGCACAGCUGCUCAGAACAUCAUUCCCAGCAGCACUGGCGCAGCCAAAGCUGUUGGCAAGGUCAUUCCAUCUCUCAACGGCAAGUUGACUGGCAUGUCGCUGCGCGUGCCUACAUCCAACGUUUCCGUCGUCGAUCUUACUGUCAGCCUCGACAAGCCAACCAGCUACGACGAGAUCAAGAAGGUCAUCAAGGAGGCUUCUGAGGGCAAACUCAAGGGUAUCCUCGCAUACUCCGAAGAUGACCUUGUCUCCACCGACUUGAACGGCAAUAACAACUCCUCCAUCUUCGAUGCCAAGGCCGGAAUUGCCCUCAACGACCACUUCGUCAAGCUUGUUUCAUGGUAUGACAACGAGUGGGGUUACUCCAGACGUGUUCUGGAUCUCUUGGCCUACAUCUCCAAGGUCGACGGCAAUGCCUAA